ACAUAAACCCUUUGUAUCCUUCAUCCGCUUCAUCAUGGACGUAUUGCCUAAUCAAAGACAACCUCCAUCUUCAGGCAAAUCAUCUUUAGGUGCAGGUGUCAAUCGUGAUCAACAAGUCGAAAAACUACUUAAAGAAGUCAAACAACUGAAGCAAAAAGUAGAUAUUCUUGAUAAAGAAAACAGUGCUUUAAAGAAGAGUAUUUAUGACUUAUCUGCAAGAUAUGCUGCCUCUAUCUCUCAGGGAGGCUUACCUUAUCGAACAGGUCCAUUUGUGAUUGAUAAUGAAAUAUCCGCCACUGGAAAAGCACAGGAAAUGAUAUCAAAAGCAGUGCAGGAAGUAGGCGGUGAUAUAGAACCCUUCCAGUCAGUAUACCCUCAUGAUGCUCGUGACGGAAAGCCAUUUCAAAUGCGAUAUGAACUCAAGGGCCAUACAGGUGCGGUUUAUACAGUUGAGUUCUCUCCUCAUGGAGCACUGCUUGCUUCUGGUUCUUUUGACAAGACAGUCCGUAUAUGGGAUACAGCGUCAGCACAAAAAGAAACACUUUGCCUUAAAGCACAUACUUUAAAUUUAUCUAGUUUAGCAUGGACACCAGAUUCUUCUAUGCUAUUAUCGGGUGCUUAUGAUGAGACAUGUAAAACAUGGGAUGUAGAGAGUGGCAAACUAUCAAGUAGUUAUGACACAGAUGGUCUUGUACAGUGUGUAGGCUGGGAUUUUAUAGAUGUCAAUGUAUUUUAUUAUGGUACUUCAAGAAAAGUGUUGGCUAUGGUGGAUACCAGAACAGAAGGCACUGCCUCUGUCAUUCAUAAUGAUACUAUGAUCAAUACACUAUAUGCCUCAAGAGAUGGUAUUCAUGUCAUUACAGGUGAUGCACAGGGUAUGCUUAAAGUAUGGGAUAUACGAUCCAAACAAUGUAUUUCUUCAAAAUUAAAUGAUCCCUCCAAAACACCUAUUACACAUAUUUCAGUGGGCAGAAGAAGUACAGAUGCAUCAAGGAGAGCAAUUGAUGACUAUGAUGAACCAAGAUACAUGGCAUUAAAUAGUUAUGAUAAUAUACUGCGUGUGUAUGAUAGGGGCAUGGAUCCUCCUAAAUCAGACCUUCGUCUUGUUCAUUCACUCAAGGGAUUCAAGAACAAGAAUUGGCCCAUUAAAUCUUCCUUUUAUUGUGGUAGUGGAUAUAAUUCGUCUAUUUUAAGCAAGCCUUCUACAGCCAACGAAGUGUAUGGAGAUACAGACUUAACACCGAAUCCAAGUGAUUAUUUAUUUGAUGCUCAAGAACCUAAAGAAGAAAAGAGUGUCUUAUUAGCCACAGGCAGUGCAGAUCCUUAUGCUUAUCUUUAUAAUGUGGGUGAAGAGAGUGCUGAACUCAUGCAACGCCUAGAAGGUCACACAGACCGUGUUUAUGCUGUCAAUUUCCAUCCUACAGAACCUAUUUUGGCAAGUUGUUCAGCCGAUUUUACUGUCAAAGUAUGGGGACCGAGUUUACAUAGAGGAAAAAAGAAGGCUAUCAAUUAAUAUAAAAAUAAAAAUGUUGUAUAUAUCUCUCUUUCUUUUCUCUUUAACCAUGACAGACACAC